AUGUCCGCCGGGUCUUCCCUCAUUAUCCUUGCGGCUUGUUCCGCGCUUGGCCUAUUAUACCGCUAUCUUGAACCCGCAAUUCGACGAUGGGUCAAGUCAAGGCUCCCCCACAAGUCUUCUGGCUUGCCAGCAGAGCCACCUCUGUGGACUCGUAAACGCAUCGAAACCACCCUCUCCCCCGCCACCUGGCAACGCCAAUCCUACGAAGACUUCCGCGCCGCCAUGCUCGCCACCGACCCCGUUCCCUUCCCCUGCGUCUACGCUACCAAGGGCUUCAAAGCCUCCGAGCACCGCUACCUCUUUCUCUCAUCGCCGGACCCCAACAACAAGCCCAACAUGCGCCUCCUCGCCUCCGGCCUGCGCGAGUAUGUCGAAGCCGCCACGGCCCAGACCCUCGGCCCGCUAAACGCCCUGACUGUUUUGUUCCCCCGGCCAGACUCCCCCGCGUCUAAAAAUGAAAAACACCCCCUCAGCACCCUUGAGGACUACCACGCCAACCUCUGGAACCUCCUCAACCAUCUCGCCCGCAUGGACACCUCACCCUGGCCCGCAGACAUCCCCCCCAACACAUCCGACCCCCUCUGGCGCUUCUCCUUUGCUGGCCAGGCCGUCUUCGUCGCGGCCAUGACGCCCGCACACCAGGCGCGGCGCAGCCGGUUCUGUGGGUGCUACGCGCUGGUCCUCCAGCUCGCGGACAACUUCGAUGUGGUGUUUGCCACCCCUGCGAGGAAGGCUGGUGCGAUAGGAAAGGUAAGGGGGCUGUUGAGGGAGUUUGAUCUGGUGGGGAUAAGUCCCGAGUUGAAGGAUUACGGGGACAAGGAGGGGCGGGAGGCAAAGCAGUACUUUUUGAUGGAUGGGGAUGAGGGGGUGGGAAGUCCGUUUGAGGUGUUGGGGAACCAACGGUCCGAUACAGUCUGGGAUAUGGGCGGCACGUUUGUUGGCUAA